UUUUCCAUAAGUUAUGUUAAAAUUUAACCAGUAUAAUAGGAAGCCCUUUGGAUAUGUACCUUGUGUUCCAUAUUUGAAUCUUAUAAAAAGGUUCCAACAUCGUAAUAAUAUGAAGAAAUGGUAUCAAACACUAGAAGUUCCAGAGGAUUGUGAAGAUGAAACGUUAAGAUUGGCAUUUGUUUAUCAAGCAAAAAGGUUUCACCCAGACAGUGGUACAUCAGAAGCUAAUGCAAUCAAGUUUUCUGAGAUUGAAACUGCUUACAGACAAAUUCGUAAAGCAAGAAUGGAAGAGAAAGAAAAUAGUACAAACUUACCCCAAGUAGAAGAAUUUGAUAUUAAACACACAGCACCACAACAUCGUCAUUAUUUAAUGUAUAAUGUAGGAAUUGGAACACCUAGUAAAAGACAGAAGUUAUAUACAAUGGAAAGAGCUCAGAAAGCAGUUGACAAUGUAAUGGAGCAUCAAUUGAAAAAAUUGCAAGCUGAAGAGCGUAAUACAUUAAUUGGAAUGGAUAAACAACGUGCAAAAGAUAUUAAAACACGUUUUGGUAUGGAUCGUUUAGUAGAAGAUUUAAUUCAGGAAGCAAUGAAUAAAGGUGAAUUCAAAGAUCUACCAGGCAUGGGUAAACCGCUGAAAGAAAAUACAAAUACCCGAAAUCCAUAUGUUGAUUUUGUCACUUAUAAAAUGAAUGAGAUAUUAAUAGAAAAUGGGUUUACUCCAGAAUGGAUACAAUUAUCUAAAGAAAUUAGGGAAGAAAUACAAGACUUACGAAAACAAUUAAUAAACGCACGCAAUAACGUAGGUCCACUUCCAUUAAAUUAUUCUGACGAAUCAACGUGGAAUAAUAUUGUAGAAAAUUUUAAUUCUACAACAAAACAAAUAAAUAGUAAAAUUGAUAAAUACAACUUAUUGGUACCUAUACUUCAAAAACAAAUGCUUCAUAUUAAAUUGCAAGAUCUUGCAAACGAAGUACUUUCAAUGCCACCAAAAGAAACUAGUAAAAAGUAUAAUUCGAAAAAGAAAACUUCUGAUUUUAUUAAUGAACAAGACAGUUUAUUUGGAAUAAUUACUUCAAUUUUUAAUAAAAAAGUUUCGUAG